AUUAGAGAAUUUCCCAGCAAAAAAAAAAAAAAAAAAGGUUUUCUUUCUUCUCCGGAAGCAGAGUGGGAAAGAAAUUUUGAUGAACUACUCGCUCUCUGACUCACUGAGUCGCUCUAUAAGACAAAACCAAGCCGUCAGUUGCUUAUAGAAACUCCAUUGAUUUCUCAGCUCGAGCUCCUGUGUUGCUUCCCUUCAUCGCUGUUUGACUAAAUGCCGCUGAGAGAAGUCGAAACGAGAUUUUCAGUGUUUCUGUAGAUUUGGAUCGUAUAGAUUCGACUGGAGGUAUGGAUUCUAUUUCUAGUGUUCGACAUGGGAAUGCGUUUCAACUGGCUGAAGGUUCAAGUCGUAGGAUAUCCGCUCGAAUUCCUUCUAGGUUUGGAAAUAUAAACUUCGGUUACAAUCCAAGGGUUGUUUCAAUUGCUCGCUCCAUGAAGAAGAUGAGAAUUACUGCUUAUAGUGGUUGCCUGAAUUCAUCUUUGGUUUUCAGAGCUGGAUUUGGGAGUCACCUGAGAGGUUUGUAUCCAGAUAGAACUCUGUAUUGUCAUUCUGAUAAUUUCCUGAAGGUUUUGACAGGAGUUAGAAAUCGGUGCCAAGGUAGUGAUUCAUUAGCGUUUAUUGAUGGAAAUGGCCGGAAAGAACUUGUAGGAAGUUCUGAUGGCUCAAUGGUGGAUUAUGCUGAUGGGGCCGAGUUAGGUGGGUUGGGGGAACAAGCAGAAGAAAGAGAGGGAAUUGAAUCACCUAGUUUGGAUGAACUGAGGGAGAUCCUGCAAAGGGCAAUGACAGAAUUGGAUGUUGCUCAGGUUAACAGUAUCAUGUUUGAAGAAAAGGCACAAAGCAUAUCAGAAGCUGCUAUAACUUUGACCGAUGAAGCUGCAAAUUCUUGGAAUGAUGUCAAUAAAACUCUUGACGUGAUUCAAGAAAUUGUGAACCAAGAGUUUGUUGCAAAAGAAACAGUUCAGAAAGCAACAAUGGCCCUUUCCUUAGCAGAAGCAAGACUUCAGGUUGCAGUAGAAUCAUUGGAAGCUGCAAAAGGUAAGCAAGGUUCUCCACAACCUGUAGUUUCUGGAGAGAGUGAAAUGGAAAAUGAUCCUAGGGAAGAGGAGGAAGCAGUUUUGGCUGCUCAAAAUGAUAUUAAGGAAUGCCAGGCACAUUUGGAGAGCUGUGAAGCUGAACUUACACGCUUGAAGAGUAAAAAGGAAGAGCUGCAGAAGGAAGUGGACAAGUUGAAUAGGAUUGCAGAAAAAGCACAGAUGGAUGCAUUGAAAGCAGAGGAGGAGGUUGCAAACAUUAUGCUAUUAGCAGAACAAGCUGUUGCUUUCGAACUUGAGGCUACGCAAUGUGUUAAUGAUGCAGAAAUUGCAUUGCAGAGAGUCGAGAAGUCUAUCUCCAAUCCUAAUAAUGAUAUUGUGGAAACUGCUCAUCGGCAGGUGCUUGAAGAAGAGAUUGUUGUUGAGGAGGAGAAGGUAGCUAAAGAGAGUCCUUCUGAUGUUAGUGUUGGAAGAGAGAAAGAAAUAUCAAUACAUGGUGAUGUUUUAGAUAUUAGUUCUUCGUCAAAUAUUCUAUCUGAUAUGAGUAGCCAGGUGGUGUUUGAAGAUAUUAAAAUGUCAGAUGACUUUAGUGACCAUGAUAAUGGACAUCCUGGUUCAGAUUCUCCUAAAGAAGCUGAAAUUGAUUCAGAAAAGUUAAAGAACAUUGCUCAAACAAAAAAGCUAGAAUUGCAGAAAGAGUUAACUCUAAGUUCACCCCUUAAUACCCCGAAGGCAUUGUUGAAGAAAUCUUCUCGUUUCUUUUCUGCAUCAUUCUUCUCAUCUGAUGUAGAAGGGGCUGAAUUUACUCCAGCAUCAUUGCUCUAUGGCCUGAUGGAGUCUGCAAAGAAGCAAUUGCCUAAGCUGGUUCUUGGAUUUGUCCUCUUUGGUGCAGGGGUAGCCUUGUAUGCUAAUCGGGCAGAAAGGAGCUCUCAGCUGCUUCAACAGGCAGAUGUCAUAACCACUAGCAUUGAAGAAGUUUCUUUGAAUGCCAACUCUAUGAUCCAACGAUUGCAGAAAUUUCCCAAGAAAGUUAAAAAACUUCUUGCAAAACUUCCUCAACAAGAGGCAUGUGAUAUCAUCACCCAUCACUGGCUUUGGAUUGCUUUUAAAUUCCAUGAAUAUAAUGUUUUCUCAUGUGAGUUCGUGAUUUUUGCCCCUCAGAUUAAUGAGGAGGAAGCAUCUCUCUUCGAUAUGUUGUGGUUACUGCUUGCCAGUGUUGUCUUUGUGCCUAUAUUUCAGAAAAUUCCUGGAGGGAGUCCUGUUCUUGGCUACUUGGCUGCUGGCAUCUUAAUUGGCCCCUAUGGUCUCUCCAUCAUUCGCCAUGUGCAUGGGACAAAGGCGAUUGCAGAAUUUGGAGUUGUGUUCUUGCUCUUUAAUAUUGGUCUUGAGCUUUCUGUUGAAAGGCUAAGUUCCAUGAAGAAAUAUGUUUUUGGAUUGGGCUCUGCUCAGGUCUUGGUAACCGCAGUUGUGGUUGGUGCAGUUGCUCACUUUUUUGCAGGGCAGUCUGGUCCUGCUUCAAUUGUUAUUGGAAAUGGCCUGGCAUUAUCAUCCACAGCUGUUGUCUUACAGGUAUUGCAGGAGCGAGGUGAAAGCACAUCACGCCAUGGCCGUGCUACAUUUUCUGUGCUACUUUUCCAGGAUCUGGCCGUUGUGGUCUUGCUAAUACUGAUACCUCUAAUUUCACCGAAUUCAUCCAAAGGGGGGGUUGGUUUUCAAGCCAUUGCUGAAGCUCUUGGGUUGGCCGCUGUUAAAGCAGCAGUUGCCAUAACUGCAAUAAUAGCUGGUGGACGUCUGCUACUUCGACCAAUUUAUAAGCAAAUUGCAGAAAAUCAAAAUGCAGAAAUAUUCUCUGCUAAUACCCUCCUUGUUAUCUUGGGAACUAGUCUCCUUACUGCCAGGGCCGGACUUUCCAUGGCUCUGGGUGCAUUUUUGGCCGGUUUGCUUCUUGCAGAAACUGAAUUUUCCUUACAGGUUGAAUCAGAUAUUGCUCCAUAUCGCGGCCUUCUAUUGGGUCUCUUCUUCAUGACGGUUGGCAUGUCCAUUGAUCCAAAACUUCUUUUUUCAAAUUUCCCGGUCAUUAUGGGUACCUUGGGGCUCUUAAUCGGUGGCAAGACUAUGUUGGUUGCUUUGGUUGGUCGGAUUUUUGGUAUUUCACUCAUAUCCGCAAUAAGAACUGGUCUUCUUCUUGCUCCUGGUGGAGAAUUUGCUUUUGUGGCUUUUGGUGAAGCUGUUAAUCAGGGGAUAAUGUCUCCACACCUUUCAUCUUUGCUGUUUCUUGUGGUGGGGAUCUCAAUGGCCCUCACACCUUGGCUGGCUGCUGGAGGUCAGUUAAUUGCGUCUCGGUUUGAGCUGCAUGAUGUUCGAAGUUUAUUACCAGUUGAGAGUGAGACAGAUGAUUUACAGGAUCAUAUAAUUAUCUGUGGAUUUGGACGUGUUGGCCAGAUUAUUGCACAGCUUCUUUCAGAACGAUUGAUUCCAUUUGUUGCUUUGGAUGUCAAGACUGAUAGAGUUACAAUGGGCCGUUCCCUGGACCUUCCAGUGUAUUUUGGAGAUGCUGGUAGUCGAGAGGUCCUCCACAAAGUUGGGGCUGAAAGAGCUUGUGCUGCAGCAAUUGCUUUAGAUACACCUGGUGCAAAUUACAGAACUGUCUGGGCUCUGAGCAAGUAUUUCCCCAAUGUGAAGACCUUUGUCCGUGCACAUGAUGUUGAUCAUGGCCUUAACCUGGAAAAGGCUGGAGCUACUGCAGUUGUCCCAGAAACAUUGGAACCUAGUCUACAGUUGGCAGCUGCUCUUCUUGCACAGGCUAAGCUGCCCACGUCAGAAAUCGCAGCCACAAUCAAUGAAUUCAGGUCACGCCAUCUGUCUGAGCUGACCGAGCUAUGUCAAGCUAGUGGAAGUUCUCUUGGCUAUGGCUUUUCUCGGAUCGUGAGUAAAUCCAAACCUCAAUCCUCAGAUUCAUCCGAUGAUAACCAAAUCACAGAAGGAACUCUAGCAAUAUAACGAAACCCAAUAUGAGUCAGAUUAGGUAAAUAAAUAGGGAAAUACAAAUGUUAGGGAGAACAGUAGAGCAAAUACAUGUUCACUGAUAUAUAAUUUUUACAAAGACAAACUGGAAAGGAUCAAUGGAAUACUUCCAUUUAUCUCAUUUUUUUAAUUGUUUUAUAAAUUUUUUUUCAGACUUCUCAUAAUGAAUUUCUGUAACAGUAUUGUUUAUUUAGUAGUUGGGCUUUGGCUUUUCUA